ACGAUUGGCUGAGCCGUUGCUAGGGGGCGUGGUUAGCGGCGGCCGGGCCUGGCGGUGGCGGCGGGGCCGGGCCGGGCCCGGCGGGCGGAGGAGGUAGCGGGGCCGGGCCCGGCGGGCGACCGGAGCGGCCAUGGAGUUCCCUUUCGACUUGUCACCUGUGCUGGGCGACCGAGUCUGCGUGGUGGACCAGCACCUGCGGCCCGCCGGGCGCCGCGGGCCCACCCACCGGGGGGACCUGGAGCAGCAGCUGCGGACAGUCAUCGAUGAGCUGGGCAAGGCCUCAGCCAAGGCCCAGGGCCUCCCCACCCCCGUCACCAGCGCCGCGCGCAUGGAGGCGAACCGCCACGUCCUCUACAUCCUCCGUGCCCCCGAUGGGCGGGGGACCCCCAAAGGUGCUGUCAUUGGCUUCCUCAAGGUUGGCUACAAGAAGCUUUUCCUCUUGGACCGUAAUGGUGCCCACAAUGAAGCGGAACCACUUUGCGUGUUGGAUUUUUACAUCCAUGAGUCGUUGCAACGACACGGUUAUGGGCGGCAGCUCUUCCAGCACAUGCUGCAGAGCGAGAGGGUGGAUCCCUGGCGUUUGGCUGUCGACCGCCCCUCUGAGAAGCUCCUGGCUUUUCUCCGCAAACACUACGGCCUCACUGACGCCAUCCCACAGGUGAACAACUUCGUUAUCUUCGAGGGUUUCUUCUCCAACCGACCGGUUCCCCCCCGCCGGCCACCCCCCAAGCGCCCCGAGGAGGAGAUCAAGCCCUACUCGCUCUCGGAACGUGACUUUCUGCGAGAAGAGGCGGAGCCUCCUUGGCCAUUCAACUUGACUCCUGGGCGAGCCGGGGGGUCGCCGGUUCGAGGCAGCCUCCGGCCCUUUUUGGUGCGGCGGGAGACGACGGACGGACAAACAGAGCCCCCGACGACGGACAGACGGACAGACGCCCCCCAACAGCGUCGCGCCAGCUCUCUCGGGCGAACCGGUCGUUGAGCCCCACGGCAGCUUCUCCCCACGGCAGGGCCGUGGGGGGCUCGUAGCCUGCUGGGUGUGGGGUGAAGGAAUGUGGGGUGCCCGGCUCUGUCCCACUGGUGCCCCCUUCCUGUCCCACAGCUCCCAGGGGGUGCCAGUUCCUGCCCUGUAGCCCAUAUGGGUGCCUGUCCCCCCCCACCAGUCCCUGUGGGUGCCCAUCCCUUCCCCAUAGCCCCAGUGGGUGCCCGUCCCUGCCCCAUGGGUGCCUUCCCCUGCCCCACAGCUCCUGUGGGUGCCCAUCCCUGCCCCACGGGUGCCCCUUUCCUGCCCCAUAGUCUCUGUGGGUGCCUGUCCCCACCCCAUAGUAACUGUGGGUGCCCAUCCCUGCCCCACAGGGGCUUCCCCCUGCCGCACAGCUCCCAUGGGUGCCCAUCCCUGCCCCACAGCUCCCCCAUGAAUGCCUGUCCUCACCCCAUAGCUCCCAGGGAGGGCCCCUUCCUGCCCCAUAGCCCCUGUGGGUGCCUGUCCGUGCCCCAUGGGUGCCCAUCCUUGCCCCAUAGCUCCCGGGGGGGGCCCUCCUGCCCCAUGGGUGCCCUCUUCCUGCCACAUAGCCCCUGUGGGUUCCUGUCCCUGCCCCACAGGUGUCCUCUUCCUGCCCCAUAGCCCCUGUGGGUGCCUGUCCCUGCCCCAUAGGGGUCUCCUCCUGCCUCACAGUUCCCAUGGGUGCCUGUCCCUGCCCCACAGCUCCUGUGGGUGCCCAUCCCUGCCCCAUAGGGGCUUCCCCCUGCCCCACAGCUCCCAUGGGUGCCCAUCCCUGCCCCACAGCCUCCCCAUGGAUGCCUGUUCUCACCCCAUAGCUCCCGGCAAGGGCCCCUUCCUGCCCCAUACCUCCCAGAGGGUUCCAGUUUCUACCCUACACGUGCCUGUCCCUGCCCCACAGCCCUGGGGGGAGGGGGGAUGCCCUUCCCCUUCCCCCCCUUUUUUUGGUUACGUUUCAAUAAAAACGGUGACUCUCA